AUGCCCUCCCCUUGGCGAUUUAUUGCAGAUACGGAGUCCGAGUCCGAGACUAACGACGAUGGCUAUGGUGGUGCCGACAAGGAGACGGUGCAGCUGCAGGCGCUGCGUGGAGAGGUGGUACCGGCGCUGCCAAGUCUCAAGGAUGAGACGCUGCAGCGGUGCGUGAUACACGGAGUGCGGCACCACGCCGAGUAUGCCAGCUCGCCUGAGAUCUUGGAAAUCUGUGCUUCAAGGCAGUAUCCAGCCAUUGUACGAGCCAGACAUGCCCGACUGAUUAUGAGCGACGUCAUUCCCCAAGAUAUGGGCGACGACAACGAGGCGGACAGGGAGACGCUGCCCUACUGCAUCUGGUACCCGGACGUCGCACGCGAGGAGACCUACCGCGCGCUUGUGCGGCAAUAUCCCCAGAUGCGCUACGCCGUCGGUCGCGCCUGUGCAGUCGCUGGCUAUGCCGCUCUGUACCAUGAACUGGGCCUGCUGCCGGACGUGUCCAUCGCCGACGAGGCACGCGACAACAUGGAGCGCGUGCCCGGCAGCCGUGCCAUUUUCCGCGACAUUAUGGCGCAGACGAUGCGGUUUGCUGUCAUGGACGACUACACGCGAUCCGUGCAUCUGGAGCAACCACGAGCAGGUGCAUUGUUCUAUGACGACACGGCCGUGCGUUCGCGGCUCGACAGCGAUUCCAUUGGUCUUGCAGACUACCGUCGCAACGGACGACGGCACGCGUACUUUGACAUUGCCGAGGACCACGGGCUGGCCGAAGAGACGCGCAGUCCGCAUUGUUCACCUCUGAUCGCCGAUGAAGGUACGCUGGCACUGCUCUACGCACCACUGCCGCCCGACCUGCCAGCUAUCAACAAGGACAUGCUGAUCCUGAUGGCGGCCGCCGAGGGCAAUGUCGACCGGUACGCGCGGCUGCGGCGGCCGUCUUUGGUGGAAAACGAGCUCUUCUGCGUGGUUCGUGCUAUCUACCACAGCACCAUGUUUGCCAAGUGGUGGGCAAUGCAGUUGGACGACACGCGAGACGAAGCAAGGGCUCCAAGCCACGUAUUGGAGGCCUUGCAAACAAACAACGCCGCCUUUCUGCGCAAGGCCGUCAACGCCCGCUACAUUAUGAGCAACGGCGUGUCACGCAUCACAGCCGAGACACCCAGCGGUGAAAUUCCCUACGUGAUCUGGCACCCACGCCGGCCGGACUGGGCCACCCUGCGCGAGCUCGUCCGCCGCCGGCCCGACAUGCGUCCACAAGCAGCUCACGCCUGCAUCGUGGCCGACUACCAGAUGCACCGGAAUCCGCACUAUGCGCAGGAUCUCGAGCAACGCGCAGACGCACUCGGACUCUCUCUCCACGAAGACAGACCCGCAGACCACGUCGAGGCCUUGGGAGCGGUCCGUGUCCGCGACACGGAUCCGACGGAUGCCUGGCUCUACACCCAGCUCGAUCCGUCGCUGAUGCUGUUUGCCGGGCACGGAUCGGGUGGCAUCUACCAAGGUUUUCAGCCGACCACCAGCUACGUGGACUUGGCCGUAUGCGUGCCUACGUCGCUGCGACAAGAGGCACUCUGCAAGCCAGGCAAAAUGAUGCCGCUCUACCAGGGCGAAGUGGAGGAUGAGGUGGAUGACGAGGUAAAGGAGUAA